AUGGGGAGUCGAGGCGGCCGCGUCUUCCUUCUCGCGCUGGUGCUCGCCCUCGCCCUGCAGACCCAGCUGGCAUCGGCGGCCAAGCAGCCCUAUUUGAUCAUCUGGAAGGACUCAAGUCAAUUAACGCCCUCCCCGUCCGCUGUGUUUUCUCCACUCACCAAUGACUACCAAAUACUGUACGUCCUGGAUCCCAUCCACGGGAUCGUGGUGCACAUCGAUGAUGUCUUCGUUCCACUGCUCCGACAGCUCCCGGGAGUGCUGACUGUGAUCCCAGACACCCUGAUCAAGCUGCACACCACGCAUUCGUGGGACUUCCUCGGGCUCGGGAGCGAUGGCCAGCCAACCCCCGCGUGGUAUUCUGCCGGUUUUGGUAAAGACACCAUUAUUGGGAACAUUGACACAGGCGUAUGGCCGGAAUCAGAAAGCUUCAAAGACGAUGGCUUGCCUGUCCCCUCCAAGUGGAACCCGAACGUCACUUGCAACCCUGGCGAAGCCAACCCGAAGUACCCGCCCUUCAAGUGCAACAGUAAGCUGAUCGGCGCGAGGUUCUUCAGCGCAAGCAUCCAGGCGCUCGGCGCGCUGGACGACGGAGGCCAGAGGCCGAGCAAGGAGGACCUGUCCUCGCCGCGGGACUACGUGGGGCACGGCUCGCACACGCUGUCCACCGCGGGCGGCGGGUCCGUCCCGGGCGCCAGCGUCUUCGGCCACGGGAUGGGCAGGGCCGCGGGCGGGUCGCCGAGCGCGCGCGUGGCCGCGUACAAGGCGUGCUACGCGCCGGGAUGCUCCAGCUUCGACAUCCUCGCGGCCAUACUCGCGGCGGUGGCGGACGGCGUGGACGUGCUCUCGCUCUCCCUCGGCUCAGACCCCUCGGACUACCUCAUGGACCCGAUAGCGAUCGGCGCGUUCUUCGCAGUCCAGAAGGGGGUCACCGUCGUCUGCUCCGCCGGCAACUCGGGCCCCCAGCCGAGCACGGUGACCAACGUGGCCCCGUGGAUCUUCACGGUCGCCGCAAGCACCAUGGACAGGGACUUCCCAGCUUAUGUCAACUUCGGCGGCAACACCAUCGAGGGGCAAAGUCUCGGGGACAGUACUCUGCCCAGUAGCCAGGCAUAUCCAAUAAUCAGCGGGGAGAAUGCCAACGCCGCAAACCAACCAACCGUCAACUCGACGCUGUGCUUGCCGGGCUCCCUGGACCCUGCCAAGGUGAGCGGCAAGAUAGUCGUCUGCGUCAGAGGAGUGAACGCCAGAGUCGAGAAGGGCUUCGUGGUCAAGCAGGCGGGCGGCGUCGGUAUGGUCCUCUGCAACGACGCCAGCUCCGGGGACGACGUAAAUGCGGACCCGCACCUCAUUGCGGCGGCUCACUGCUCAUACGCGCAAUGCGUCCAGCUCUUUAAGUACCUGCAAUUUACAGACAACCCGUCGGGAUACAUCAAUGCAACGGACGCGAGCUUUGGCGUAAAACCUGCGCCGAAGAUGGCAGCGUUCUCAUCCCGAGGGCCGAACCCCAUAACUCCUCAGAUCCUCAAGCCCGACAUCACCGCACCAGGCGUCAGCGUGAUCGCCGCGUACAGCGGCGCGAUUUCACCGACGGGCCAGCCAUUCGACGACCGCCGCAUCCCCUACAACAGAAUGUCCGGCACCUCCAUGUCGUGCCCCCACGUAUCGGGCAUCGUCGGCCUGCUCAAGACAAAGUACCCCACGUGGAGCCCCGCCAUGAUCAAAUCGGCAAUCAUGACCACCGCAACCACCGGAGACAACAACGGCAGCUCGAUCCAGGACGAGACCGGUGCCGCCGCCACGCCUUUCAUCUACGGCUCGGGGCACGUGAACCCCGUGCAGGCCCUGGACCCCGGCCUGGUGUACGACACCACUUUCUUCGACUACGUCAACUUCCUCUGCUCCGCCCUGAAGCCCACCCAGAACCCGCUCCCGGGCCUCCCGGUCAACCUCCCGCUCCUGCUCCCGCUGUUCAACGCCGCCAGCGAGCCGUGCACGUGCAGCAAGGGCGCGUUCUUCCGCCCCGAGGAAUUGAACUACCCGUCCAUUGCCGUGCCUUGCCUGUCCGGCAGCACCGCGGUGAAGCGCCGGGUGAAGAACGUGGGCGCGGCGCCUGGCACGUACACCGCCAGCGUCACCGAGCCGCAGGGGGUCAGGGUCACGGUGGUGCCGAACGUACUGUACUUCGGGAUCGGAGAGGAGAAGGAGUUCACGGUGAAGCUGGACGUCGUUAACGCGGCGGCGGCUGCAGACUACGUGUUCGGCAGCAUCGAGUGGUCGGACUCGUACGGGAAGCAUCGCGUCCGGAGCCCCAUCGUGGCCAAGACCAGGUGCGGGUAGAAGGGUGUGCGUGUGUCUGAAACUGGAAUGGCUACCCUUUUGCUGUGUCACGGCUAGGCUGUAACGGCGUAAGCAACAAAGAUAGGUUCGGUGACGAUGAACUAUUUGUAUUCAUGGCUAAAU